AUGCCCAAGGAUACCCACACCUGCUUCGCGUGUGGGGAGCGCGGUCAUAAGGCCGUAAAUUGCGCAGAGACAAACAUGAUUAUACGAUAUUUCUCUCGUCUCCACCGCCGUCGUGGUCCUGUUCAGGGCCGGAACAACGCCACUCUCGCAGCCCUCGCCCCCACUGCUCCCCUGAUGCUGCUGCCGAUCCUGCUGCUGCCACCAACACUUGGUAGACAAUAUCGAAGGGGUGGACAUACAAUUGGAUACCAGGUAGUGAGGUCCAUAAGGAUAUGGAUUUCCCUGGCAGCCUACUGCUGCCGCCGCCGCUCCAAACAUUGGCUCAUAUGGGGUUAUUGA